AUGUUCGCUAAAUCCACUAUUACCCUUUUUGUUCUUGCCGUUGGAUUAUCUUCAUUACUGAGUGGAAACUCUAUUGGGUCAGCAAGUGCAUAUCCCCGACCGGACGAACCAUCAAUGAACAUAGAUUUAGAUGAUCCUAAUGACGUAAAACUCUUUGAAGACCUCAACCAUAUGAGAGAAGGAAACAAUUUUGGUGCCCUAACUGUUCUACGCAAUAAUGUCAUUCAAGGAAGCAACACGACAGGUGAAAAUCACUUGGGAACGGAAACUGAUCAGAUACACAUCAUGGUCGGGGGAAAACUUCCGGAAGGUAGACAUACUUAUGGCGGAGCAACUUACGGAUCAGGCAACACUAUCCAAGAAUCUGACUCGAGUAGUAAAAACUUCUUGGGAUCAAGGCUUACUCAGGAAAAGAUUACAUACAAUGUAAAGAAUUAG